AUGGGUCCCCGUCCACGACGAACGGCUGAGCUGACCGGGUGGGGUGGGGUAGGGGUGCGCGUGCAGUCGAAGAAGAACAUUAAGUCAACAUCCGGUGAAGAAUUCAUUCGCUUCGGCUUUGUAACGUCGUGGGCCAUUCUGAAGUCAGCGAGUUCAACGGUUGGCUCCAAGUCGGUCAGUGAUUGGGUUUGGCAGUCGUUUAUUGGACGUUCGACGCGCGAUGGCGAUGGUAAGCUGGCUGCAGAAGAGUUGCACUAG